AUGUAAACAUGGCAGCCUCCAGUGCACGCUGGCUGUCAGGCGCUUUUCCUGGACUUCACAGCAACUGUGCACUUUUAAAGUCUUCCAGAAAUGGAGAUGUUACUGCUUUGAGGAUAUGCUGGAGUCGUAGUUAUGUGACAGAGAAGAGUUUAAGCUGCUGGAGGCACAGAGGGGGAGUGACAUUGAGGAGGAUACCAGCAUUGAGACCCCACAGUGUUUUUAGCUCUCAUUUCUUCCACACUUCUUCCGGCUUCCGUCAGCAGGACUUCUAUGAAGUUUUGGGGGUUCCUCGGACAGCCUCUCAAAAAGAGAUUAAGAAAGCAUACUACCAGUUGGCCAAGAAAUACCAUCCAGACACCAACCCAGAUGACCCUGAUGCGAAAGAGAAGUUUGCCAAACUGGCAGAAGCUUAUGAGACCCUCAGUGACGAGCUGAAGAGGAAGCAAUAUGACACAUACGGCUCUGCGGGUCCGAGUGCGAGUGGGACGGGGCAACAGCAGUACUGGAGGGGCAGUGCCAACGUGGACCCAGAGGAACUGUUCAGGAAGAUCUUUGGAGAAUUUGCAGGGGGGCGUGGCUUUGGUGACAUCAACUCAAUGUUUGAUCAGACACCUGAAUUUGUGAUGGAGCUGUCGUUCAUGCAGGCUGCCAAGGGUGUCAAUAAAGAAAUUACCGUCAACAUAGAUGACGAUUGUCCACGCUGUGAUGGAAAAGCUUUUGAACCGGGAACUAAAGUGUCUCAUUGUCACUAUUGCAAUGGCACAGGAAUGGAAUCUAUAAACACCGGGCCCUUUAUGAUGCGCUCGGCUUGUAGACGGUGUAGCGGACGGGGUUUUAUCAUCAUUACGCCUUGCAUAAUGUGUCGAGGAUCUGGACAAACCAAACAGAAACAGACCGUCAUGGUUCCUGUGCCUGCAGGU